AUGGUCCCUCCACUCAUCACGCUCGAGGAGCACUACUUCUCCACCGCAGCCAUGAACACGCUCGACGACAAAAUGGUCGAGCAGUUCAAGUACAUACCAGGCUUGAGAGACAAACUGACAGACGCCGACCAAAUCCGCCUUAGCGAGAUGGAGAAGGGCAAAGUCUCGCUGCAAGUUAUCUCCCAUGCGUGCAUCGCAGGCGGACCACCCCCCAAUGUCUGCAGAGAAGGCAACGACCAGCUCGCACAAGACAUCAAGAAGAACCCUGACCGCUUUGCCGGCUUUGCUGUGCUUCCAAUGGCUGACCCGAAAGAAUGUGCGAAGGAGCUUGAGCGGAGUGUGAAGCGGCUCGGUUUCGUCGGCGCGAUGAUCGACAAUCAUGUCCACGGCAAGUACUACGACGGUGACGAGUAUGAUGUCUUCUGGGAGAAGGCGCAGGAGUUAGACGUACCCAUCUACCUGCAUCCGACGUGGCCAUCCGAUGAUAUGAACCCGAGGUACACAGGUAACUUCUCCGAAGGCGCAGGGAGGAGUCUGGGUGCUUCGGGUUGGGGAUGGCAUACGGAGACCGGUCUGCACAUUCUUCGAUUGUUUGCUGCUGGUGUGUUUGACAAGUUCCCGAGAUUGAAGAUGAUUAUCGGCCACUUUGGCGAGAUGUUGCCUUUUCAACUGCAGCGGAUUUGCAAUCUUAGUGUGCGGUGGGGGAACAUGAAGAGGAAGUUGAAGGAGGUGUGGGACGAGAAUAUAUGGAUCACAACCUCCGGCGUCUGGAGCCUUGACCCCCUGAGAUGUGUCCUGGGCAACACCAAGAUCGAUCACAUCCUGUACUCCGUCGACUACCCUUUUGCGAAGAACGAAGAGGGCUUGGAGUGGGUAGAGCAGCUGGAGAAGAGCGGCUUGCUGACGCAACAACAGUUUGAGAUGGUGGCUUACCGCAAUGCCGAGAAGCUGCUGGGUGUGAAAGCGCCGGUGAGGUCGUGA